GGCGUUAGGAGCAUGGAGCUCCAACCGCCUGAGCCACCUGGCCGGCCUCUGAGGUUUCUUUUUCAUUUUAACAUUCCCCCCUUUGAUCAAGAUCUUUCUCUGAAGGCAUCAUGGACCAGUAAUCAGUUUUUCCACAUUUUGUGGUUUUGUCCCUCUGUGCCAGGAAGGACCUUUCCUGGCUGUUGUCUUCCAUGUUGGAAGAAAAGUGCACAGCGAUUGGAAACCAUUGAGGUCACAUUUGGGUAGCAAGGAGGGUAUGAGGAAGGACGCUUAGGCAUUCCCAUCUAAAGUCUAUUUUAUCAGGGUCAUAAGCAUUGCAGAUAUCUUGAAGCAUUGAGCCAGUGUCAUUCUAUGAAGUGCAUCGUUUCUGCAGGGGCUUGACGGGCACUAGGUACAAAGUUUGAAAAUAAUUAUACAAAACAAAAUGAGCAGAAUGAAAUCCAGUUUAUAUAAUGGUCCUAAACCAGGAGCCCAAACCUGAGAUAUGUCAAAGGAACAUGGAGAGUCAGGUGAAAUUUGUUGUAACCAAUGGGCUUGUUCCUUAAUUUUGUGUAAUUGGGUCUCUACUUCUUCAAAAGAAUUUAUCUGUGUGCAACAGAUGCUGUUUGCUAUUGCAAACUAAAACAUGGUUAUUUUCAAUGGACAUAAUCAGGCUAUUGCAAUAUUGAAGUACAUCUUUUAUCAACUGUGGAUCAAAAGAGGGAGGGGCUAGAUGAAUCAGACACCCUGUGACUAUCUCAAAAGGGUGAAAGUUUAGGAGUUCCAAAGGGGGUGUAUCAGAUUUACAAGGACCAAUAGCAAUGCUUUUGGCCAAGGUAGUUGGAGGGUUUCCACAAAUUUUGCCAAUUCUGGUUUGUUCAACUAGUCCUGAAGACCGCUCCCUGGGUCCUUGCAAUCUCCCAUGACAGAAAUCAAAAGAGCUUACCAGACACCAAUGUAGACAAAGUUUUAUUAAGACUGCACAAGGAAACCAGGUCGGUGAAAGAGAAGAAAUGGAUGGUUCCCUGAGGGAAGGUGGGGCAGGGUUUUUAAAGGGAGCUAAGGCAGGAGAACUAUGUCUAGACACGAGGAGGCAGUUUUUCUUGGCGCCUGGACAAUGUGGCUAAAUGCUUCUUUGUGCUUCGCUUGUCUCAUUAGCAUGUUAAAUUUCUACCCCUGGGUGUGAUUUUUAGCAUUAAAAUGAAGAAAAGGUCACAUAGAGGUCACCUCUGAACCUGACUGCACAGGCAGAGCCAAAAGAAAGUUCCUUGGCCCUUGUAAGCAGAUGCUAUGGUUAGUGACCCUGGAGCCUUUAGUGCUGAUUGGUCUUCCUAGGACAGGUGUCCUUAGGGGACUUAUCCAAGUAUUAGCAGCUGGCUCCUGUCUGUUCAACCCUACUGACUUACCAGCAGGAAUUUGCCUUCCCUUCUCAGGAGGAUGACAAGCUCAGUGAAAUGUUGUAGAAGUGGCUACGUAACAGUCUUGCCAUAAUAUUUGACCCGUAAAAUGGGUUCUCCAGUCGCUAUGGAGCUCAAGAGGGGUUCCCUGGGUAGGGAUGACAUUUUUUCCAAUAAGAUUAGGCACUGAAGACAGUAGCUUGUCUACAUGGAAAGGCUUUGACCCAAUGGAAAAAACAUCAUUACCAGGACAUAUUUGUUUCCAUGGGAAUGGGGUAGCUGAAUAAAGUUCAUUUAUUUGAAUGGUUCAUUGGGCAAUUUAAAAUGUUCUGGGGUGGUGUGGACAGUUUUCCUGGAUUGUAUUUUGGGCAGGUGGGGCAAGAAAAGUAGGUGCUUUAUGCAGCCUUAUUAAUAUUUCCCCACUAGCAUUGGUUCACAAAGGUUAUUUUAUCAGUAGACCAAUGAUUCAAUGCAUGUACAACAGUCAGUAAUGGGAAUUUUAGAAUUUCUGGCAGGAGUGGAUUAUUAUUUGGCCCAAGGCCGAGUUCUCUCUUUUUAUCAAACCGACAGUUAUUAGAUUUCCAAUAUUGUUUUUCCUUUUCUGGGGCCAAUUUUUGAGCAUCUCUAGUUAAUUUCUCUAAAUUAUCAUUUAGGGGAACAUCUCUUUGGACCAUGACAGAGGUUUGGCUGCUGGUUCCUUUGAGAGCAGUGUUCUUGGCGGAAAUAUAUCAGUGAGAUGGUUUCUUUUAGUCUCCAGGGAUUCAAGUUUGGAAUGCCCAAGUAUCUUAGUAGCCAAGGCGGCUGGUAGGAGUAUGGCAUCUGACAGAUUUUGGACACAAGCCAUUUUUAGUUGUACCCCCAUUAGAAGUAAGGCAACUUGAAGGAGAACUGACUCUCGGUGGUGAACACACAAUGGGAUUUAUAGAUGAUGUAAUACAGAGUUGUACACCUGAAAUCUAUGUAAUUUUACUAACAAUUGUCACCCCAAUGAAUUAAAAAAAAUAAAAAUAAAAUAAAAUAAGUAAGGAAACUUCACUGUUUCCAUAGUGUUUCAAGGUCAUAAGCUACCCCAAAGGCAUAGCGACUAUUCGUAUAAAUAUUUGCGGUUUUGCCCUUAGCUAGAGCACAAGCCAGAGUAAGAGUGUAUAAUUCAACUGGUUGGGCAGAGGUCGCCAGAGGCAAAGGUGCUGCCUUGAUGACUUCAAAACAAGUUACAACAGCAUACUCAGCCCAAUAUUUACUGUUUCAUCCUUUAAAUAAGAACUAUCAGUAAACCAUGAAAAAUCUACAUUGGUUAGAGGACCUUCCUAUACGUUAUCACGGAGAGUCAAAAGGGGAGCUGUCAGCAUCAAGCAUUGGUGAGGGGUUUUUGUCAGUGAUGGAAGGGAUACCAGGUCAAAAUUAAUACAGUGAGGAAGAGUUAUACCAGAAGCGGUCAGCAAGGAUUUCAUAGGUGAGACGACUGGCGGACAAUUAUUGAGUGUGAUGAGAAUUCAGGAGGGCUUCUACUGCUUGGGUACAAGAUGGUUAGGGGGUAUCCCAUGACUGUUUCUUUGGUGGCCUUAACUAAAAGGACGGUGGCAGAAACGGCUGUGAGGCAAGGGCGGGUAUCUUUGUGCCACGGGGUCUAGCUGGGGGCGAUAGUACCCCGUGGGGCAUGGCGAUGUCCACACGUACUUGCGGGUGAGCACCAGGGAGGGACCCUACACGGAAAGUGAAGGGACCAGCCGCGCGUUCUGCCCGCCCCUUCCGGCGUCGCCACUUCCGGCGUCGCCGCGGGUAGGUGUGAGGGUCUCGGACCUGGGAAGGGACAACCCUGAACGGCGUAUCCCACAGACAUGGAACAGGACGACCCGGAUGAGGCGCUGACGGAGCUGCGUGAGCGGCGACUGGGCGCGCUGGAGCUGCUGCAGGUGGCAGCGGGCUCGGGCCUGGUCGCAUACGCCGUGUGGGCGCUGCUUCUGCAGCCGGGCUUCCGCCGGGUGCCGCUGCGGCUGCAGGUGCCCUAUGUUGGGGCGAGUGUGCGGCAGGUGGAGCACGUGUUGUCGCUGCUUAAAGGCCGUUCUGGAAAGCUGGUGGACCUGGGAUCUGGCGACGGCAGGAUUGUGCUGGCUGCUCACAAGUGCGGUCUACGCCCAGCUGUGGGCUACGAGCUGAACCCAUGGCUGGUGGGGCUGGCUCGGCUGUAUGCCUGGAGGGCAGGUUGUGCGGGCAGUGUCAGCUACCACCGUGAGGACCUCUGGAAGGUGAGCCUGAGGGACUGCUACAAUGUGUCUGUGUUCCUGGCCCCCAGCGUGCUCCCACUACUGGAGAGCAAACUACAGGUGGAGCUGCCUGAAGGGGCCCGUGUGGUGUCAGGGCGCUUCCCCCUCCCCACCUGGCAGCCUGUGGCUGUGGUGGGUGAGGGUCUGGACCGCGUCUGGGCCUAUGACAUCCGUAAUGGUGGGCCAGCGGGGCAGGCUGUCCCGGCACCCAGUUCUACCUCAGUUCCUAGGGCCCCUGAUCCUCAGGCUGGCUGAUCAUGUGGACACUAAAUAAAGACUCGUGGGCUCCA